CUCCCGUGAAGCCCCGCGCGCCGAAGGACCGGAUCUCCAGGCCGGCGGCUUGUUGAUAAUAUGGCGGCGGUAGCCGCCUGGGCAUCCCGAGGAGGCGGCUGCGGCGCCUACACCUGGAAGAAGGGGCUGUUUUCGGACUAGUGCGGCGGCUCCUGCGGACCGGGAAGUCCGGGCCAGCUGCUGAAUGAGGGGAGCCGGGCCCUCCCCGCGACAGUCCCCCCGUGCCCUCCGACCCGACCCGGGCCCCGCCAUGUCCUUCUUCCGGCGGAAAGUGAAAGGCAAAGAGCAAGAGAAGACCCCAGACGUCAAGUCCAUUAAAGCUUCAGUAUCUGUACAUUCCCCACAAAAAAGCACUAAAAAUCAUGCCUUGCUGGAGGCUGCAGGACCAAGUCAUGUUGCAAUCAAUGCCAUUUCUGCCAAUAUGGAUUCUUUCUCUAGUAGCAGGACAGCUACACUUAAGAAGCAGCCAAGCCAUAUGGAGGCUGCUCAUUUUGGGGACCUGGGCAGAUCUUGUCUGGACUACCAAACUCAAGAGACCAAAUCCAGUCUUUCAAAGACCCUUGAACAAGUCUUGCAUGACACUGUUGUCCUCCCAUAUUUCAUUCAGUUCAUGGAACUUCGGAGAAUGGAGCAUUUGGUGAAAUUUUGGUUAGAGGCUGAAAGUUUUCACUCUACCGCAUGGUCCCGAAUAAGAGCACACAGUCUAAACACAGUGAAGCAGAGCUCACUGGCUGAGCCUGUUUCUCCACCUAAAAAGCACGAAACUGCAAUGUCCUUUAUAACCGAGUCUCUUGACAAGAGGCUCGAGGAUUCUAGCUCAGCCCAAGUGCUUAUGACUCAAUCAGAAGGAACUGACCUGAAUGGUAGAACUUGGAACACUCAGAAUCAUUUGCUGCUUUCCCAGGAAUGUGACAGUGCCCAUCCUCUCCAUCUUGAAAUGGUCACAGCAGGAACUCAUCAAAUUGCUAUGGACACCCAAGAAUCUUCUUCCAGACUUACAGUAGCUAGUAGAAGUAGUCCGUCUUCUCCACUGAAAGAAUUAUCAGGGAAACUAAUGAAAAGUAUAGAACAAGAUGCAGUGAAUACUUUUACCAAAUACAUAUCUCCAGAUGCUGUUAAACCAAUACCGAUUACAGAAGCAAUGAGAAAUGACAUCAUAGCAAAGAUUUGUGGAGAAGAUGGACAGGUGGAUCCCAACUGUUUCAUUCUGGCACAGGCCAUAGUCUUUAGUGCAAUGGAGCAAGAGCACUUUAGUGAGUUUCUGCGAAGUCACCAUUUCUGUAAAUACCAGAUUGAAGUGCUGACCAGUGGAACUGUUUACCUGGCUGAUGUUCUCUUCUGUGAGUCAGCCCUCUUUUAUUUCUCUGAGUACAUGGAAAAAGAAGAUGCAGUGAAUAUCUUACAAUUCUGGUUAGCAGCAGAUAACUUCCAAUCUCAGCUUGCUGCCAAAAAGGGCCAGUAUGAUGGGCAGGAGGCACAAAACGAUGCCAUGAUUUUAUAUGACAAGUCUUUCUGCCUGGCUUUUUGUCCAGCAAUCUUUAUUAUAAAUACUUGAAUGACCUCAUCCAUUCAGUUCGAGGAGAUGAAUUUCUUGGGGGGAAUGUUUCACUGGCCACUCAUGGCUCGGUCUGCCUUCCUGAGGAGUCUCACUCAGGUGGUUCUGAUGGCUCCACCUCUCAGUCUAGUGUGAAAAAAGCCAGUAUUAAAAUUCUGAAAAAUUUUGAUGAAGCAAUAAUUGUAGAUGCUGCAAGUCUAGAUCCAGAAUCUCUAUAUCAACGGACAUAUGCAGGGAAGAUGACAUUUGGAAGAGUCAGUGACUUGGGACAGUUCAUCCGAGAAUCUGAGCCUGAACCUGAUGUAAAGAAAUCAAAAGGAUUCAUGUUCUCACAAGCCAUGAAGAAGUGGGUACAAGGAAAUACUGAUGAGGCCCAAGAAGAGCUUGCUUGGAAGAUAGCUAAAAUGAUAGUCAGUGACGUUAUGCAGCAGGCACACUGUGAUCAACCAUUAGAAAAAUCUACAAAGCUAUGACUCAAGACCAGAGAUAAGGAAAUCUCAUUUUGAAAAAUAAGAGAACCUUUUUUCCUUUGGUUGGAUUCAACACAGCCAAUGAAAAUAGAGCACUGUAUUUCUUUUCACUGAUCACUGUUGUUUCCGAGAAAGAAUGGAGACAAUCUGAGACCUCUGUUAUUACGUGUAGAUAUAAAUGAUGCACAUGAUGUUAACACAGUGAGUCACAAAGAUAGAGUGGUAUUGAUGACAUUACUAGACAAUUAGUUUUCUAGUGACAGUAAUCACUCAUUACCCACUGGAAUAGUCAGGGACCACGUGCUGUUUGAAGCAGAUAAACAUGAGUUGAUACACAUGUUGCAGCAGGACUCCACUCCUAGCAGUGUUAGAAAGCACGAGACAGAGGUGCUUUGCUUUGUCCUGAAAUUCACAGGUGAGUCAGCCUCACUGGGAACAUACAGCUCCAAGUUGUGAUGUGAGCCAGCAGCUUAUGGAGCAUGUGACAGUUCCUUGUGUAGUCUUCUUUCUCAGAGGCACUAAUUUAGAAAGAAGCUGACAAGUCAUGGGUCAAAGCUCAGUGAUCUUGUUCUUUUUGCUCCUGAGAGGUGACAUCCUUAAAGGCGGUCUCU